GCGCAUGCGCGAAUCGUGUCUCCCGGAAACAACAUGGUUGUUUUGGUAUCGGCUAGUAAAACAGUCAUCUGUCAAAAGGUAAAACAACACAUAAACUAGCCAGCUUUCACCCCUGGAUUAACCUCGCUCAUCAGGAUAACCUUCACUAUGUUCUCUCCGAGUUGAUGAAACGAACUGUGUUUCGAGGAAAGGACAGAUAUUUGGUUAUUUUUGGUGAAUGAAAGCUAGCUGACGUUAGCAGUUAGCUAGCUUGUCACUUUGUCAACACUUAGUUCAAUAUGGACUGCACGGCGCUGGAGAUCGAUGCUUUCAAAUUUGCCAAAACAGCUGUCACCUAUGACCAGAGUGGCAAAUACAAUGAGGCUGUAUUCUAUUAUAAGGAGGCAGCCCAGGCCCUGAUAUAUUCUGGGAUGGCCGGGUCCAAACUGGAGGGGAUCCAGGUCAAAGUGAACGAGUAUCUGGAUCGAGUCCAAGCCCUCCAUAAUGCAGUCCAGGCCCAGAAGAGCGACCCGCUGAAGUCCCGGCAGCAUUUGGACCUGGAGCGCGCUCACUUCCUGGUCACUCAGGCCUUCGAGGAAGACGAGAAGGGGAACGACGAUGAAGCCGUGGAGCUGUACACUCAGGCUGUGGAGCUGUGCAUUAACACGUCGAACGAGACCUCGGACCAGGCGCUGCAGAUCAAACUGAAGCAGCUGGCUCGUCAAGCUUUAGAAAGGGCGGAGGGUCUCAAAGAGUCCCAGUCCAAACUCACUCCCACUCAGGACCGACCGGGCCCUCCUGGAUCCAAACUCCCCCCCAGCAGCAGCUCCUCUUCUGGGGGUCCGGCCCGGCAGUUCUUCCCCCUCGGGCCGGACUUCAGCCUCCAGGAGCGUCCGCAGCCGGUGAGGGCCGUGCAGAGCAGCGAGCCGUCGGGCCAGCGCUACAGCGGCGAGGAGAUCGAGGUGCUCAGGAGUACAUCUACCAUCAACGGCAUCGCCUAUGUUCCCUUCAUGAGCGUCGACCUGAGGGAGCGGUUCGCCUUUCCGGUCCCUUUCUCGGACAAAUUAGGGAAACUGGCGCUGUCUCCCAAACAGAAAGCCAUCUUCUCUCGCUGGGUGCGGCCAGACGAGCUCUGCAACAACCCGACCAUGAUCAUGUCCGUGUCCAGCUUCAGCAUCAAACAGACGGUGGUGUCCGACUGUUCCUUCGUGGCGUCGCUCGCCAUCAGUGCUGCUUACGAGAGGCGCUACAACAAGAAACUCAUCACCAGUGUCAUCUACCCUCAGAACAGACGAGGUGAGCCGGAGUAUAAUCCCUGUGGGAAGUACAUGGUGAAGCUUCACAUCAACGGCGUCCCCAGGAAGGUGAUCAUAGACGACUUCCUGCCGGUGGACCGUAACGGGGAGCUGCUGUGCUCGUACUCCAGCAACAGGAACGAGCUGUGGGUGUCUCUGAUAGAGAAAGCCUACAUGAAGGUGAUGGGAGGCUACGACUUCCCCGGGUCCAACUCGAACAUCGAUCUUCACGCGCUCACCGGCUGGAUCCCUGAACGCAUCGCCAUGCACUCUGACAAUCAGUCCUUCAGCAAGGACGACACUUUCCGUAUGCUCUUCCAGAGGUUUCACAGAGGUGACGUCCUCAUCACCACGGCAACGGGGGUGAUGACAGACGAGGAGGGGGAAAAGUGGGGUUUAGUGCCGACUCACGCCUACGCUGUCCUCGACAUCAGGGAACACAAGGGGAUGCGUUUCCUGCAGCUGAAGAACCCGUGGAGUCACCUGCGAUGGAAAGGGCGUUACAGCGAGCGUGACGAGAAGAACUGGACCCCCGACCUCCUGAAGUACCUCAACUUUGACCCCAAAACUGCACAGAAGUUCGAUAAUGGUGUUUUCUGGAUCGCGUUUGAGGACCUCUGUCAGUACUUUGAUGUCAUCUACCUGAGCUGGAACCCCGCCCUGUUCAAGGACUCCUCCUGCAUUCACAGCAGCUGGGAUGGGAAGCAGGGUCCGGUGAAGGACGUCUACAGUCUGGCCAACAACCCGCAGUACAAGCUGGAGGUUCAGUGCCCAGCAGGGGGCGCUGCUGUGUGGGUGCUGCUCACCAGACACAUCACUGACAAGGAUGAUUUUGCACAAAACAGAGAGUUCAUCACUCUGGUUGUUUACAAAACCGAAGGGAAGAAGGUUUACUACCCAGCGGACCCCCCUCCCUACAUCGACGGUAUCCGGAUCAACAGUCCGCACUAUCUGACCAAGAUGAGACUGACCAGCGCCGGCACACACACCUUCACGCUGGUGGUGUCCCAGUAUGAGAAGCAGAACACCAUCAACUACACACUGCGGGUUUACACCGGAUGCAAAUUCACCUUCUCCAAGAUCCCCAACCCCUUCACUCAGACCAAAAGGGUGAACGGUCAGUGGAAGGGUCUCACUUCUGGUGGCUGUGGGAAUUAUAAGGACUCGUACAAACACAACCCCAUCUAUCAGAUCAACAUGGAGCGAGCGGGGCCGCUGCUCAUCGAGCUGAGAGGAUCCAGGCAGUACAGUGUUGGUUUUGAGAUGGUGACGGUCUCCAUGGUGGGGGAUCCGGGGCCCGCCAGCUUCCAGAAGAAAAACAGCGGAGAUUACAGGUGUGGUUUCUGCUACAUGGAGGCGGAGCUUGUCCCCGCUGGCCUCUACAACGUCAUCCCCACCACCUUCCUGCCCAAACAGGAGGGACCCUUCUUCCUGGACUUCUCCAGCACCUCGGCCCUCAAGGUCUCCCAGCUCCAGUGAACAAGAAGAGGAGGAUUAUGGGAUUUCUCUGGUGUCGUGGCCUCAAAAAAACACAAAGAAUGUUUCACAGCCUUCCCCAAACUCCUUCACCAAGGACAGAUAUGGUGAAGUAUUGAGUUAUCGGUGAGGAAUCAUCAAGAGGAACUUCAGUACGGAUGAAACCCAUCGACAGUCUAUGCGUUUUUGAACAAAAUACAACACAUGUUCACCUUUACGCCAUAAAAGGAGCAUAGACAUCUGGGGAUCUCAUAUGAUAACAGAGAUUAUACAACAGUUAAAGGGUUAAAGUGGCAAAAUCCAGCUGCAAAAAAUGUUAAUAUGGCGGCCAGAAAGCAAUUACAUCUUUUCUGUCUCUGUGUUGCUGCAUUGAGCCUCUUAACAAUCCAGGAGCGUAUCCUCAGUAGCUUCUCCAGGUGGACAUUUCCACCAAAUGUGCAUAUGGUGAACCGGGAAAUGUUGAAUACCCCACAGUUUUAUGAUAGAAAUGUAUUGUAGGUUUCCCCAGGACAUAGAAACUGCCGGAUGCUAACUUGCAGAUGUUCGCCAAUUAGCAUAAAUGAGCAUAUGUGGACAAUCGUUAGAAAAUGUCUUGCCCGAUUUGGAAAAUGUUGGAGUUUUUUUUUUUGAGGUUAUUGAGGAUGUUGAAUCCAAUUUUGAAAUGUUCAGGAUCCUAAAUGACAGUUGUUACCAGAGAGUGGCCAUAUGUGUACUCUGUGGGCUUAUCUUGUGAAUUUUUAGUUGAUUUUAAAGUGUUUAGGGGACUCCAAACGGCCACUUAUGAUCCUAAAAGUGUCAGAAAUGGAUUCAACAUCCUCAAAAACCACUCAAACUGUCCAAAUCAGCCGUUUUUUUGCUGUUGUCUGCACAUGCUAAUUAAUGCAACGUGUUAGCAUCCGGCAGUUUCUAUGUGCUGGAGACCCUACUACUGUAUACAUUUCUAUCAUAAAAACGUUGGGGUACUCCACAUUUCAGGGUUCACUAUAGGACUCUAUGAGCUGUCAUCUGGACUGAUAUACUGGCAGCCAGGAUAAAAACGCUAUUUUUGCAGUGUGGAGAACUCGAAAAUGAAGUCUUCUUUUUUUAUUAUUGCUUUACCCGAUCACACUUAGUGAUUUUGGGUUAAAUAUUCUGCAGUCUCAGCCAAAAAAAGGGACAGCUGUUUAGGGUUUUAUGAGGAGGAACGGACAGACGGUUUCCUUUAAUGUUUCAUUGAUUCUCAGGAGCAGCAGCACUGUAACACUGUGUGUGUUACACCUGGAUGUGUGUGUGUGUUACACCUGGAUGUGUGUAUGCGCGUUACACCUGGAUGUGUGUAUGCGCGUUACACCUGGAUGUGUGUAUGCGCGUUACACCUGGAUGUGUGUGUGUGGAAGCAUUUGUUUGAUUGUCGCCAUCAACCUUCUACAGGUGAGAAAAAAUGUGUUGCCAAGUUCACAUCCUCUGUUUACCUGUUUAUUUACAGCACUUUGGACAACCAUGUCUCACUGUGGGUUUGUCAAACGCAACAUACAGUAAGGAAGUGAAUAAGUCACUUUGUUCCCUCAAUGCAAAGCUCACCUUGUGACUUCUUCCUUAUUUUAUAUCCGUAGAACAUUGGACUCGUAAUCAGCACUCUGUCGUGUACAGAAUUACACAAUAUAUAUACUUUUGUGCUGCUUUUAUCUGCAUCAAAUACUCCUCGACUACAGCUGAGUGAAAUCUGAGGCUGCAUGGUUCAGCUGUAUACGGUUUAUUGUUAAUAUAAGUUAAGAUGCAUCGUGUGGAAGCAGCCAUUAGUUGUUCAAAUCUACAUGUAGAGUCAGCGACAGACAGCAGUUGCAAUGCCUUUUAUGUGUAAAGUGUCUGCAGGCUGCACGGCUUUCUGAUGCUUUUGAGGGCUUUUUUGUGCAUGUCGUCACACAAAGUGGUUCUGUGUUCACGGGCUGUACGAAGUGAAUGUAAACAGUCCGCAAGCAAUAUUUCAUCAUAGUAAAAUGUUAGAUAACAGUGAUGUAAAACUCUCAGAAGCAGCACGUUAUCACAUUUAUAAUCGUGGAACUAGGUGUGUUGGUGAACCUGAUGUUUAUUUGGCAUUUAUGCUCAUUUAAUGACUCAAAAAGGAUUAAAUAAUACCUUAAAUUGCUGUCGUACGGAAGAGGAUUAGCGCCAAAUGUGACGUUUUUUUCACGUAGCCCUAAUCCUCUCUUUCUGUACUUCUGAUUUAAGUUUUAUUAUUUGACUUUUUGAUGAUUUGAAACUGAGUCUGGACAACUUACAGAAACAUUUUCACAAUAUAAUCCACCAUUUUUUUUUUUUUGGUUCUUGAUUUCACUAUUAACCAUCGCUUUGGCUUUUGCCGAUACACUCUACCUGGUACAUAGUAAUGCGUGGCUGGGGAGCAUGGUGACCAUUUUCAUUCAUAAUUACUGUUAACAUGAAUUAAUAGUAAGACUGUUUGUUGAACCUUGCCAAGUCUUUCUGUCUGAUAUCCACUUGUUCAUUCAUGCCAUUUCUCUCUGCUUCCACAUUCAUGUAAAUGCAGGACAAUCUGGCAGCCGCCUGUUUGAAUGUUUGAAUGAUGACGUAAUGUUUGCAGAACUUGCACUAAAUGUGGGGCUGACGUGUUCAAACUCUGAAUACAGAAAUGAUAUCUGA